UAUAGAUCCACCGUCUCCCCCAAUAAUUUCGGGAUAUAUGGAAGGACAAAUUAUACCAGCUGGUUCAGUUCAAAAACUCUUAUGUGUGUCAUCGGGCGGAAAUCCACUUGCCACUCUUACGUGGUAUAAAAACGAUAAACGGGUAAAUGCAGUGAUACGUACCGCCGAUAAGUCGGUUUCUGCCGAAAUAACUAUUCUGGCGAACGUAACCGAUAACCAAGCUCAAUAUCGCUGCGAAGCUUCUAAUAGCGCAACCGAAAUUCCACUCUUUGAGAGCGCUAUUCUCAGUGUCCAUUGACCAACUACAAUAAAUUAAACUCUACGCAGAAGGAACUCAUGGCGGAGUUCAUGGCCGAACACCCUGACUUGGCAAAGAAUUUACUCCCAAACUGCUCGCAGGGAAAAGCAACGGCCAACCGUUUGUGGGAAAACCUCACCAAACAAUUACAUGUGGUGGACCUUUUCAGGAGUCAUGGGCUGCACCUCUAUAUUGACAAUUUAUGGCAAGAAUCUUGCAAGUGUGGUCACAAAUCUGGCGAACGGAAUAUUAGCAAU